UUCACCACGCGUGUUUAGUAUAGUUUUGUAUACUGCAACUGCUACAUGAAUGACUAAAUCAGUUACCUGAAUGUUAUGCAUGUAUAUUGUAACAAAUAUAAAAUUCUUACAUUUUAAUCGACUUUGGAAGUUGUUAAUAAAUAAGUGAAAAUAUUAAUUUUAUAUUCAUUGACCUAACUUCGUAACUUUUUUUGAAUUGUUAAAAAUAGUAACACUGAAAAACAAUCAUUUUGGUAAUGUUACAACAUAUUCAACGGAAUAAUUUCGUGUUUACACAUUUCUUUCAUCAUUUCAUCAGAUGUUAUAGUACAGUUCCGGAUGAUCUAUUUCGUUCUUAUAAUAAAAUACUAAUGGAACAAAACACUCAAAUAAAAAGACUAGUUUUUGCAAAUAGCAGUACAGCAGUACAGAUUCUUGGAACUGGAGCUUAUGGAGCACCAGGAAGUAUAGCUAUCACCACUGAUCAUGUCAAUUAUAUAUUCAAUUGUGGAGAAGGAGUACAAAGAUUAGCCCAAGAACACCAUUUUAAAUUACUUAAGGCAGAACAUAUAUUUAUAACAAAACCCGAUUGGAAAAAUAUUGGAGGGUUACCAGGUAUGCUUUUGUCAAUGCAAGAGACGGGUCUACCUGAAAUAACAUUACAUGGUUCAAAUCAAAUAGCUGAAUUUAUAGAUAUGAGUAAAAUAUUCACAAAAUAUAAUAAGUUACAAUUUAAAUUUGCUUCUAUCGAUGAAUCUAAACCAUAUGAAAAUGAUGUACUAUCUAUAUGGUACGUUCCUAUAUCUAAAAUUCCAAAGGGUAGCAAAACUCAAUCUUUGAAUACAAAUAAAGAAGAUCUGUGUGACUCGAACAUUAAUGGGAAAAGAAUCCUUGACUAUACAGAAACGGAACCGGAUUUAAUGAGUGCAGAAAAAAAACUAAAAACUGAUACAGAUAUAUAUAGUUACAUUUGUGAAAUUAAACCAAGACGAGGAAAACUGUCACUAGAGAAGUGUGUAAAAUUAGGUGUGAAGAUAGGUCCACUUUUACGUAGGUUGAAACUAGGACAGGACGUUGUAUUAGCAAGUGGAGAAAUCAUUCAUGGCAAUGAUGUUUGUUUGCCAAGUGGACCUGAGUCCACUAUAAUCGUUGUAGAGUGUCCUGAUGAGGAUUAUUUAGAAUCUAUCAUAAAUAAUACUAAAUUCUUAAAGUACCAUCAAACUGCAUCAGAUGAAGAAAAUCAAAAAGUAUUUUACUUAUUUCACUUUACACCAGAGGAUAUUUUCAAUCAUCCAGAGUAUCAGGCUUGGCUACAGAAGUUUCCAUCAAAUACACAACAUGUAAUAUUAAACAAUGAAAACACUUGCUUGGGUAGCGAAGCUGUUUACAAGCAACAAUAUUUAAUGAACAAGAUACAUCCUGAAUUAUUUCCCUUGCUGAGUGAAGACAGUUUGAAAGAAGAAAAAGAAACGAUAAAUAACCAUUUUCAUCGAGCAAGAACACUACAAAAGGUGACGAUUCAUCCAACUGUCAUGCCGAUUACGGGAACUAAGAUUCGCCCAAGAGCAGAGGAUUAUAUGGAACUUCUGGAGAUAAACGAUGUUAAGGAAGCGUUGGAGAAACUGAAAGUAAAUGUCUCCAAGAAAACAGAAGAACUUAAUUUAGUUAAUGCACCAGAAUAUCCACGAAUUGUAAUGCUAGGCACUGGUUCUAGUACACCAAAUAAAGUAAGAAAUACUAGUAGCAUUCUUGUGCAAAUCGAUCAAAGUAAUAGUAUAUUAUUAGAUUGUGCAGAAGGCACAGUUUGUCAAAUUAUUCGAUUCUUUGGAAACUCGGAAGCCAAAAAUAUUUUACGUAGCAUCAAGACCGUUUUCUUAUCGCAUAAGCACGCUGAUCAUCAUGUAGGCGUCAUCGGUUUAAUGAAAGAAAGGGAGAAGCUCACAACGGAAAAAUUAUUUUUAUUAUUACCUCAAGAUAUUGAGAAAUGGUUAAGAUUUUACAAUCGUAUGGAGCCUAUUUCGCAUUUAUAUAAUACGAUAAAUAACAGAAAUCUCAUGACUAAUUACAAACUACCAUACAUCCACCGUGAUAUAUUCUUUAAACACUUGAAUAUUAAAGAGAUAAGAACUACAGGUGUUAAACACUGUAAGGAUGCUUUUGGCAUAUUAAUAAUUCUAAACGACGGUAAAAAGAUCGUCUACAGUGGCGAUGCUAUGCCUUGCAAUAAUCUCGUAAAUUUGGGUCAGGAUUGCGAUUUACUGAUUCACGAAGCAACUAUGGAGGAUAAACUUUGGAAGUUAGCAGAGCUGAAGUAUCAUUCAACAGUAUCUCAAGCAAUUAACAUUGGUAAAACAAUGAAUGCAAAAUUUAUUUUGUUGACGCAUUUCAGUCAGCGAUAUUCAAAGAUUGCACUAUUGCCAGAUGAAUUCGAUAACGUUGGCAUAGCUUAUGAUAAUAUGGACAUCAAGUUCUCGUAUUUGCCACUGUUACCUCUUCUCUAUCCAUUUCAGAAAUUAAUGUUUAGUGAAUAUUACGACGAGGCAGAGAAAAGAACGAACAAAAUAACUGAUCAAAAAUAAUAUUUUGUUAACGGUUAAUGAAUUUUUAUUUAAACGUCAGAAAUAGAAUUCUUGUAAUGUUAAAUAAUUUUUGCGAUCCAUGCAGUCAGAAAUAAAACAUUGCACAAAUAAUCAUUGAAUUCUGAUUCAAGCAACUAACAUCGAAGGAUUACGAUAUUAAUAAAUGCCAAAAAACUUGUUUUGACAGUAGCAUUUAUUGCUUACAUAAUACACUUAGUUUGCCCCGCUUUCCUUAAAAUAGUAAAUAAUGUAAAUUACGAAUAGUUCCAUUGAAAAUAAAGUUAUGAUGUCAGAUCUCUGUUGUGCAUAAAAAAAUAGAGAGCAGAUAAAAUAUUGUAUUGUAUAAAGAAGAAAAAAAAUCAAGCAGAUCCAAAAUUAAUAUCUUUCCUAGUGUCGAAUCGAAAUAUAGGUGUAGAUGGAAAACUAUAAAUGUCGACAACAAAGGGUAAAGCUUUACCUAUUUUUAGAAGCCCUUACACUCUAAUCGAUAAAAUACACGCCCAAGUUCCACAUUAAAAGAUAGAAAAACGAUUCAUGCUUCCAUUCGUUUUGAAGUGGGCUACAAUGUAAAAUUUUGUUCACAAAAAUAACUGCAAAAAUGUUUCGAUCAUUGCACAGCUCGCGGAAUGUGAAUCUGUUAUGUAGAAAAAGCGUGGUCUCUCAAAUUACACAUAUAUAUUCGAUUAUUGCAUCGACUUUAUAAUGUUAUGUACACUAGAUAGCAAGUUUACACUAACGAUGCGUUUGUGCGUUUUUUUUAUUAACGUUUUACCUACUGAAACACAUACACCAACUGUUUAAUUAGACCAAUAUUUACAGCCAGUUGUAAACUGUCUGUUGCAUACUAAAAAUGGCGACAAAUGUACACUAAUGUGACAAAUUAUGUAAUAUAAUUUAUAAGAUAGUACUAUAAAUUGUAAAUAGAUAAGAAAAUAAUGCGUGGCAAAUCCUGACCUCUAUUGAGAAUAAUUGUAUUGUGUCAAUAAAUAAAUUGCUUGGAUUUUCUA